UCUAAGAAGUUACUGUGAAGACAAACACUGAAGAUUAAAAUGGAUGAAAAGACUGAAAACUCCUCUAAUGGAUUCACAUCAGAUAUAAACUUGGAGAAGUUACAUAGCAUAGCUGAAGAGCUGAUCCUGCCGAUUAAAUUCCUCCUAAGGCUCCUGAACGCCGCCCUGGUGUUUGUGACGGACGUGUUGGCCAGGAUUUUAGGAAGCAGCCUGGUCAAAAGACAUUUCCACCUCAUGCUGUCAGCUCUUGUUCUGUUUGGUCCACUUUUAAGUCUCUGGGUGUCAAAGUUCAGCAUCUUCGCCAACAACAACAACUUCCUGUACAGGAAGUUCCUCAAGUCCACAUGGGGGUGGACUUGCAUCCUGUCAGGCUCCUUCAUCCUUCUCCUCUCCACUUCAGCCCGUCAUCCUCCAUCCCUUCUCCUCCGUCACCUCUCUCGCAUAGGGAUCAUGGGUUUCCUCUGGUGGGGGUCUCAGCGUAUGCUGACUCUGCUGGAGGAUGCAGCAGGAACCUGUUAUGAACCUCUGAAACCUGACCAGGAGGGAACAGCUUCCUCACCACAGCCCCUCCUGCUCCUUCAUGAGGACCAGACCAAGGCCUCAUGCCUCAGAGCCAACAUGGUGUGGAGAGGUUACGAAGUCUCCCAGGACAUCCUCAUCCUCUGCUUGUGUUGCCUACUGCUUGUGGAGGAAAUUUCUGUCUUUUGGCAUCACCUGGCUCAGGUGAAGCCUUUGCAGAGGUCUCCUGGUGGGCCUUUAAGGUUCAUCUUUCUCCUUUGUGUACUUAUGUUAGCUCUUUGGAUGUUCCUGCUGCUGUGUUUGCUCGCACACUUUCCAAAGUUCCUCUCCCAGCAGCUAGGGGGAGCUCUGGGCUACCUAGGAUGGAGAGGACUCUAUCAGGGAUGGUACCGACUCAAAUCAGGCUGGGGCUGUCCUGGUUUGCCUGGAGAAGGAUAUAUUUCCUCCACAGAUAAUGAAAAACAUUCUUAGUGAUGGAAAACCUUCAGUAGAUUAUGUUUUU